CCCAACCAGUGUCGACCCCAGCCAUCUAUUAUGCUUCUUCGCAAUAAAAGCUACCCGAAAAUCUGCAAGGAAAACGCUACCGGAGCUGCUUGGAGUGAAACGUGCUGACACUCAGGUCCUGAGAUGGGAUGUGUGUGUCGAGGGGGGACUAAGGAGCAGCAAGAGGAUCAUUGUAACUGAGCUAAGAGACGUACAGACGUCAUUCAAGCGACUACUUCCCCUUAACUGAGCAGUAUGUCGGUAGUCACAUCCCCUGCCCAGGUGCCUCCACCUAUUGUAAACCCUCCCCCUCCUGAGGUCACGAACCCUAGUAAGCCUGGCCGAAAAACCAACCAGCUACAAUAUAUGCAGAAUGUGGUUGUCAAAACUCUAUGGAAGCAUCAGUUUGCGUGGCCCUUUUACACACCUGUGGAUGCCAUCAAGUUGAAUCUGCCAGACUACCAUAAAAUUAUCAAGAAUCCAAUGGACAUGGGAACCAUAAAGAAGCGACUUGAGAAUAAUUACUAUUGGACCGCUGGAGAAUGCAUGCAGGACUUUAACACUAUGUUCACAAACUGUUACAUCUAUAACAAGCCCACAGACGACAUUGUUCUCAUGGCUCAAGCUUUGGAAAAGAUUUUCCUCCAAAAGGUAGCUCAGAUGCCCCAGGAGGAGGUGGAACUCUUACCCCCACCACCGAAGGGUAAAGCACGGAAACCUGGAGCACCCCCUGCUUCAGAAAACCAACAAUCAAUAGCACUGACUACUGGUUCUCCAUCCUCGUCAUGUCCGAGCUCCCCUCCACAGCUGGCUCAGACUCCUGUAAUAGCUGCGACUCCAGUCUCGACCAUCACCUCCAAUGUCCAAGCUGUGCCCCCUGCCACGUCCAUGAUCCCAACCGCACAGCCUGUUCUCAAAAAGAAAGGGGUGAAGCGGAAAGCGGACACUACCACACCCACAACCUGCGCGAUUACUGCCAGCAGAAGUGAGUCGCCCACUGCGAUGUUGGAGUCCAAACACAGUAAAGUUAUUUCCAGACGAGAGAGCACAGGUCGACCCAUCAAGCCUCCCAAAAAGGACCUGGAAGAUGGGGAUGUCCUACAGCAAGGCAACAAGAAAAGCAAGCUCAACGAUCAUCUCAAAUACUGUGACACUAUCCUUAAAGAGAUGCUUUCCAAAAAGCAUGCAGCCUACGCCUGGCCCUUCUACAAGCCUGUAGAUGCAGAGGCCCUUGAGCUGCAUGACUAUCAUGAAAUCAUCAAGCAACCAAUGGACCUCAGCACUGUCAAAAAAAAAAUGGACGGUCGAGAAUACCAAGACGCCCAAAGUUUCGCAGCAGAUAUUCGGUUAAUGUUCUCAAAUUGUUACAAAUACAACCCGCCUGAUCACGAGGUUGUUGCUAUGGCAAGAAAACUCCAGGAUGUGUUUGAGAUGAAAUUCGCGAAGAUGCCCGAUGAACCCGCGGAGCCGUCCUCGCCCAACGCGGUGUCGGCCACGGCGGUGGUGAGCAAGAGCACCGGCAGCAGCGAGAGCAGCGCGGACUCUUCAAGCUCCAGCUCGGACUCGGAGGAGGAACGGGCCACUCGGCUGGCUGAGCUGCAGGAACAGCUGAAGGCUGUUCAUGAACAGCUAGCCGCUCUGUCACAGGGUCCUGUGAGCAAACCAAAGAAAAAGAAAGAGAAGAAAGAAAAGGAGAAGAAGAAAAAAGACAAAGAGAAAGAUAAAGACAAGAACAAGGUCAAGGUGGAAGAGGACAAAAAGGCCAAGUCCGCACAACCGAAUAAACAAACUCAGCCGAAAAAGACCUCCGCGCGGAAACCCAACAGCACAUCCACCACGAGGCAACCGAAAAAGGGGGGCAAACCUGGCUCUGCAAACUAUGAGUCUGACGAGGAGGAGUCUCUUCCCAUGUCUUACGACGAGAAACGGCAGCUCAGCCUGGAUAUCAACCGUUUGCCGGGUGAGAAACUGGGCCGCGUGGUCCACAUCAUCCAGUCGCGCGAGCCGUCGCUGCGAGACUCCAACCCGGACGAGAUCGAGAUCGACUUUGAAACGCUCAAGCCUUCCACGUUGCGUGAGCUCGAACGAUACGUCAAGUCCUGUUUACAGAAAAAGCAACGUAAACCUUUACCGGGCACUGGGAAAAAGAGUGCCAAGUCUAAAGAGGAACUGGUUCAGGAAAAGAAGAAAGAGUUAGAAAAGAGGCUACAGGACGUGAGCGGACAACUGAACAACAACAAGAAACCACCCAAAAAAGAGAAGGCGGGGUCAGCGCAGGGGGGCGGGCCAUCUCGGCUGAGUGGCAGCAGCAGUUCUUCAGAUUCGGGCAGCAGCAGCUCCAGCGGCUCCAGCUCCGAGAGCAGCGACUCAGACUGAACUCCGAUCGGCGCGUCGCGUACUUCAACUUCCUCUAUUUUCUAACGAGUAGUGUGUGUUGUCAUGAUAGUAUCUCUCUGAAGGCCCAUUUUCUAAAGAGCUAGACGCAUUGCAGAUGGCAGAGGAUAUUUUAAAAUAGUUUGUAGGAUGCUCAAGGCUCAGACAAAGAGGAGAGUUGGAUAGUUGAAGCAGUUUUAAGGUUCUCGCUGGCCCUCAAAGGGAAACGCCUGGUAUCACCAGAGGAAAAAAAAACCACAAAAGACAAAAAAAAAAAUAUUUUUGAAAAUACGUCAGUCGUGGAGGUGAAAACGGUUGUGUGUGUCCGUUGUUUUUUUUUCUUUUUUAGGUUGCUGCUCGUUAGAUCCAUACUGAAAACAUGCAUUAGUGGAAAAAACUGACAAAUGCCUGGCUGCAUUUUACCGAUCGAGUAGCUAAAGUCUCAAAGUCUGAAGGAACAAACAACGAAUUAUCGGCUCUCUCACUCUGGUGUGGUUCUGUCAUGUUGGCAUGACUUUUCAACUCAUUCCACAUUUAUUUUGCUGACUAUGAUAAUACUCGUCAUUGUUACAAUUUUUAAGAGAAUCUAUUUAUUUUUUUUAAUCCAAAAAGGCACAAAGGUAUGCGUGUUUCCGACAGAAAUCUUUCCAGUCGACCAGUUUAAAUGUAAGAAAUUUGGCUCAGCGUAACUCACUAGCUCUCUAGACCGCAUCUGGAAACGGUCAGUAUCAUUAUUAAACUGUUUCCGGAGGCUUCGCAAUCAUUUUUGGCUAUUUUAACACUGUAAAUUUUCUCUUCCGGUGCUGUCGGCUCAGUAUUUGAUGUAGAAUUAUGUCUGAAUUUUUUUGUUUGUUCGUUUUUAAUCUAUAUCAUUCGUUCAUUUGUUUGUUUUCUAUUUGGAUUGUUUUCUGUACUUUUUUUUUUUUUUUUUACUAUUAAUAUGUAGGUGCCCUGAGUAUCUCGUUUCCUACUUUCUAUCUGAUAUGCCUCAUCUUUACUUAAAGUCCACUCAUAGGACAAUCAAAGUUAUAUAUGAAAUGGAGGUGUGGUUAUGUAAAAUAAUGGCAAAAUACACCGACAAGGCUGCAGAUUGAAAAAAAACAUCAGCCUCUGGAAAAACCGAGUCGCCAAUUAAUAGAUUUCCGUGACGAAAGGACAAAAUUGAACACUUUGAAAAGAUUUCAAGCAGCAGUGCUAGAUGUAAUUUCAGAAGGAUGUGUUUGACAAUAGUUAUUUUUAGUUGAAAGUAUUACAACUAAUGUAUGUUUCUCAAUUUUAAUAAGUUUAUUUUACUUUAGUUUUUCUCAAAUGGUGUAUUGAGUGCUUUCAAUGGUACCUAGACACUUGCCAUGUAUCCAGAAUAGCUUGGAAAUGGACCAUGACUGAUAAUCUUUAUAAAAAAAAAAAUAUGAAUGUAUUAGAGGUUAUUUUCUUCAUUUUCUUCUCAUGGCUGCAGGGUUUGUGGCAUUUGGUUUUGUUUCAUUUCACAGCCUUGAAUUCAACUCUGAACCCCUCAAAGUCAUUGGAUGUGCUCUUGUUGCCUUAAGUUUAGCUGGCACGUUAAAAAUAAAGUCAAAUGGGUCCGGUCCUAACUGAUCAAGUUGAAGCCAAUGUGUAUAGAUUUUUUUUUUUUUUUUUU